GUGUAGGGUACCAGCCACCAAUUUUUCCCAGUAUGGAAUCCGAGGUUGCGGUCCCCUCCGUUCACGCCUUCGUCCAGAGGUGCCACCGCACUUGGACCAGAGCCCGCGAGACUCUACUCCAAGUGGGGGCGCGCACCAAGGCCAAAGCCGAUCGCCACCGGUCUAGGCCUCCCGUAUACGUCGUGGGUCAAAAGGUGUGGCUUUCUACUAAGAACAUUCCUCUCCGUUCCGUUUCUAAUAAACUGGCUCCCAAAUUUAUCGGCCCGUUUACUGUCACCAAGAUCAUUAGUCCGGUGACAGUCCGCCUCAAACUCCCUCCAACGUACAGGAGAAUUCACCCCGCCUUUCAUGUAUCCAAAAUAAAGCCUGUAUUUCAUUCUCCCAUUAAUCCGCCUACCCCGGUCCCUCCCCCGCCGCGUCUCGUAGAUGGGGAGACCACUUAUUUGGUUAAUCGUAUUCUGGACUCUAGAAGGAGGGGACGCGGAUUUCAGUACUUGGUGGACUGGGAGGGUUACGGUCCGGAGGAGAGAAGUUGGGUACCUGCUAGGGACAUCCUGGAUCAUUCCCUUAUCGAUGAUUACAAUCGACAGAUCCUGGUGUUUGAUGUCGUGUUCGUGUUGUUCCUGCCUUGCCUUGUCGCCGUUCUGUUCGGAUCCUGUCGUCACGCUUGGAAUACACUCACCACUGUUGGAUUGUCACCGCUGUCAUCAUCGUUCUACGCACCCCACGUCUCAACUCACCAGUCUGUGCUGCCACCGUGGUUCCUGCGUUACUCUCCGACCUUUCAUCAUCACCAUACUCCUAAUAAACUUACUCGUACUUGCAUUUGUCUCCUGUCCUCCAUUAGCGCCGUUACAGACGCUUUUAUCCAAAGGGACUUGUUUUGUGCUGCAUGCAGCUUUUAUGAGCUCAAAAUUAGCAUUAUUUGAGAGACUUCAUUGCAUGCAUUUAUGCAUUGCUUUUAUCCAAAAUGACUUGUUUUUGUAUUAAGUGGUAUUUGCUAAGUAUGUGUUCCUUAUUGCAUAUGUUUACUUAGCAACUGCAGGUGUGUAGCUCACACAAAGCAUGUCUGAAUGUUGACACAAGGUUGUUAGAUUGAAAUGCAUAUGAUUGUGCUAGGAGAAGUGUGCAUUUGGUAUUUGCAUUUAUGCAUUUGUUAGACACUUUUAUCCAAAGUGACUUGUUUUAUACCGAAUGCAGCUUUUAUAAACUCAAAAUUAGCAUCGUUUGAGACUUCACUGAAUGCAUGCAUUUGGGUUUUUGGCAUUUGCUUUUAUUCUGAGUGACUCGUUUUGUAUUAAGUGGUGUUUGAUAAUUAUUAGAAGAUAUUAUUUAGCAGCUGCAUGUCUGUGCAGGUCAGUAGUUGACACAAAGCAUGUCCACAAGCGUAUUUUUUUAUUUUAAAAUGAAUAUGAAUGUGCAAGGAAAAUGUGCAUUUUGCAUUUGCAUUUGCAUUUAUGCAUUUGGCAGAUGCUUUUUUGACAUAAUUUGUGACAAGAAAGCAAUAGCAUUGCAACAUAUGUGCAGGUGUCUUGUUAACCCUUUAUUUGCCCACAGUCUUUCUUUCAGUCAUUAUCAAGACUUUAGACUUGAGUGCUUAUGAAUGGUCAAUGAAAAAUGUGUUUCUGCUAUUUGCAUUAAUGCAUUUGGCAGAUGCUUUUAUCCAAAGUGACAUGUUUAUGCUUACUUUUAUUCCUAUGUUUUAUAAACUCAAAAUUAGCAUAAUUUCAGAGACUUCUCUGAAUGCAUGUACUGUAUGUACUGUAUGCAGCAGAUGUUUUUAUUCUCUCUUUUUUUUGUCGCAGGAAUGUGCUAAGUACUUUUUAGCUAUUGCUUAUAAAUAUUUAUUUUAACACUCAAUGCUAAAUAAUAAAAAUUGGCAUGUAAUUCGUGACAAGAAUGACUCCUCGGAAUAUGUGCAAGUAAGACAAAGCAUGUCUACAAACCUAGAUUUUAGGUUAAAAUGCAAAUGAAUGUGCAAGGAGAAAUGUGUUUGGCAUUUAUGCAUUUGGUAAACACUUCAAAAUCCAAGGUGAUUUAAUCCAAACUGAUUCUCAAAACUACAAUUUUUAAAUGCAUUCCUGUAGCUCAAUCAAUAAAGCAUGGUGCUAGCUUCAUGAAUUCGAUUCCCAGGGAAAGCAUGAGCUGAUAAACAGUGUCUCUUGAAAGCUUUUGGAUGGAGUUUAGCGUGUCGCGCCACAGGAUUUAACCACCUAAAUCUGCUUUAAUGCAAGAAUGUGUUCGUCUUUUGCCAUUUCUCCUAUUUCAGGCUUACAGUGUGAUUAUUUCUCUCUGUAUUUUCAUUCUCGUCCCCCUCAGCGCUUCAUAUCAGCUCCUUGUGUGCCUCACAAACCCAACAGAGUCAUCAUGACACUCGGAGAUAGAGAUGUAUUUAUAGCAUCAGUCCUCGUACAUGCUUUUGUCAUUCAAAUUGAAUUCCCAUGAGCGUUUGUCCUCCAACCCACUACCUGAGAGACAAAGAGGGGCUGUAAGGAGAGCAGAUUGAGGAGGUGAUGAAUGUUUUAUUGAUCAGAGUCGCUCGUGUCGUGUUGUAUUAAUUGUGUUGGUGAUUGUGGAGACAGGAACAGGAAAUGGCUGAAGAUCUGGUUUCACAGACUUAUGUUUCUCUCUCUCUCUCUCUCUCUCUCUGUAUAUGUCUGUACAUUACAUUUCCACUGAUUUCCAUCUUCUGAUUU